AUGUCUGCCGAACUCACGAAGGUUGACUCCGCCGUUGCUGGCUUGUCGAUAUCUCCCAAAGACGACAAGGAGGCCAAGAAAACCCACAGGCGCACCUCGUCACACGCGGAAGGUGUCUGGAACAUCAAAGACCUAGAGGACCAGAAGAUUGAGUUAACGCUGCCAAUCGAGACACAGAAGACCGGAUGGAAACUCAACACCUCACCAGCCUCAAUCGAGGAUAAAGACAUUCUUAAGCUUCAGCUCAUCAACCCACCGGUCAAGAAGAUUGACCUGCACUUCCCGCUGGGACUGGAAGUGACUGCUCGGAAUAUGAAGGGUGUCACGAUCAAGGAUGCGCUGGACGCAAUCUACAAGCAAUUCAAGAAGAAGGCCGACGACGAACUUGACAAGCCCUACCUUGCUGGCUUUGAGUGGGACAAAGAUGAGUGCUGGACACGUCUGAUUGUUCACCAGACCAAGCAAGGCCCUCCCCAACCGCCCAGUAAGAAGUCCAAGAAGAAGAAGGAAGAGGCGUAG